UUCUCCGCUGCAAAUCCCCGCAGUUAUCUAGGGUUUUGAUUCAUCUACAGCUUCCUCUUCGUUUUUUUGAUCUUUGAGGAGGCUGGUGUUCAUCAAUGAGGGUUUACCCGGCGAAUGCGUUAGACGGUGGGAGCAAGAGGCUCCGGCGACUUCCUCAUGUAUUCAGCAAGAUGAUUGAGCUUCCAUUUGGAGCCGAUGCCGACGUCUACAUUGAGGAAGAGCCCUCCAUGUUCCGGUUCUUUGUGUCGGCUGAUGGCGUGAGCGGCGGAGUCCGGGCUCACGCGGUGGCAGUUCAUCCCGGAGUGAUGAAGGUCGUGGUUCUUAAUGGUGCCGGCACUAGCGAAGGGGACUUUGGGGAUGAUGAGCUUGAGUUCGAUCGAUGGAGGUUUCGGUUGCCACAUUCAGCUCUGCCAGGUCUUGCGACGGCUGAGUAUGUGGAUGGAGUGUUGAUCGUGACGGUGCCGAAGGGCGUUGGUACGGAGGAGCGAAACGGGGUUUUUGUGGAAGAGAAUGGGGAUUUCAGCGGAUCUGCGGCCUACGUCGUGUGACCAACACCACGGAAA